AAAGAGAUUGUCGUCAUCUUCCGUGUAUCAAGUCAAGACACAAGCAACUGAGAAGAAAGUUGCUGAGAAGAGAACCGGACUGUCUUGCUAAUGGAACGUACAGUUCAGAUGAACUCAAUGUACAUGAUUUACUCCAAAACCUGAAUUAAAAAGCCGACGGAGAUGGCUUCUAAUGAAAACCUAGUUGAAGAUCUGUCACAGAUUAAAAAGGAAAUCCAGACCCACUUUGCAGUGAGUGACAAAGUUUCAAAAUGCAGUACAUUUGCUGGAAUGAAAAUCGUUGAUUUCUUUGACAUAGAUGAAAUCAAAGUAGGAUUACGGGUUGUCCGUGGAACUGAUUGGUGCCAAGGAAACGAGGAUGGAGGGAAUGGAAAUGUGGGGAAUGUGGUGAAAAUCUUUGACGACUCUAAACAGGUACGCGUACAGUGGGAUUCCCAGACCACCCUGGACGAUAAGAAAAACGUCGACAUCUUUAAUUACAGAACAGGGAAGGGCAAUAAAUACGAUCUGCUGAUUUUUGAUAACGCACAGACAGGUGUACAUCACAGAUACUAUAGCUGUGACAGUUGCAGUAUGAGUCCGAUACGAGGGAUGCGGUGGCGAUGUUUGGACUGCGUUGAUUAUAAUUUAUGUACGGACUGUUAUAUGCGUGACAUUCAUUACCUAGAUCAUGCAUUUGAAAGAUAUCAAGGAAAUAAAUCGAUCGGUGUUAGCGUAGGAGUGCGGGCAGAUGCAUCGUACUUGAAAGCAAGAGGAAUAUUUAAACACGAGCAGGUAACUCACAGAGAAGACCGCAAAGUUGCAGGUACCGUUGUGGAUAUUGAGGAUGAUAUUGUCAAGCUAUAUAACUGUGACGCGAUGGUGUCCUGGGAGGGAGAAGAGCCUUUAACAAGAUACAGAGUGGGACGGGAAGGAAAAGUGGACAUCAAAUUCACAAAGCCGGCAGAGAAAAAAUAUUUUGAAGAUCAUCUACAGGAAAUCAAUAAAGCCAAUGCAGUCGUAGGAAUACGAGUCGUGAAAAGGUCCCACGAAGAUCACGUGACAGUUGGAACAAUCACGAGUAUAAAGGAAAUAAAAUCAGAGAAAAGCGAUUCAAAAGAACGGGAUCAACCGACAUCGACACAGCGAGAAUCUCUCAAUCUACAUCAAAUACCAAAAUCUCAAACUAAUGAAAAUUCUGUCCAAAAUAUGCAUUGUUUACUCACAGUGCAGUGGGAUCAUGGUCGAAAAGAUGAAGAUGUUGAAACCAGUCCCAGAGACAUCUUAUUGUUCGACAACAGUCAGAUAGGGAUUGAGCACGACGCAAAAUGCAAUGAAUGUUACUCUAAGAUAAAAGGAAUGCGAUGGAAUUGUUCCAAGUGUCCCAACUAUGACCUCUGCACGCCAUGCUACAUGUCUGCAAAGGAUCAUCAUGCCGGUCAUCAAUUCUAUAGAUUUACCAAACCCAGGAAGAGUAUUAUUAAACUACGUACCUCACGUGAAGAAGUAAAAGUGAAAACAGCUCAAGGAAUAUUCGAUGGCGCCGAGGUUCGGGAAUUGGAUAGUAGUGCAGGAGAGGAUGGCAAGGUAACAGAAAUAUGCCAUUACAGAAGAGACAAUGCGAGAUGCAUCGUCGUUGUUAACGAUGGCAAAGAUCGGUUACGCAGAGGACAGUUAACUGAUUUUAAAAGUCACAACGACCAGAAGUCCUUCUUUUAUUAUCCUUCUCAUCUUCCUGCUUAUGGAAAAGAUAUCCAGGGACAUGUGAAAGUGAAAGAUGAAACCAACAAUACAACAAUCACUGUUGAACUGUUGUAUAGGACUGCUGUCCCAAGAUCCUCGUCAGAAGUAAAACAUAGUCUCUAUUUGAUUUUUGCACACAAACCAGAAGACAACGCUGAGGAACCAUCUGGGAAGGAUGAAACGUUAAAGGACGUGAAGAAGUUUGCAAGUAAAUCUCGCUUGCCAAGUCAAGUUACAGUAGAAAAGGUAAUGUUUUUAGACGAAGAAGUCGUCAUCCAUAAAGACACAACAAAUGUCACGAUACAGAAAUUGAUAGCGAUGGGCGUCCGAAAAUUCAUUCGAGGAGACACGGAAGCUGAAGAGGAUGAACAGAAUUAUUUUCUACGCAUUUCUCAGUAUUUAAGUGGCAGAGUUCCCUUGCCGACUUUUAUUUCACUAUCCAAAGGAGUUACCCACACGGACGCUCUUCACAUAGCUGGCAAGAAUAGAAUUCCAGUCAUCUGUUUCAAGCAAAAAGCCAAGGAUGUGAACAUUUUAACAAUGCAAAGUUAUCAAGAAUUCUACCUUGCUAAGGAGCAUAAGAUCGAGUUGAAGAAUCCAUGGAAGGUCAUUAAGACAUGUUGGAAAGCAUGUGACGUCGGAUAUUAUGAAACAGAUGACGUCGAACCAGAAAUUAGUACGCUCAGCGAUAUGCCUAAUGAGUUUGACCAUAUGGCUGCGUUGAUUUGCAAUUUCUUGAUUGGAGUAUUCAAGAACAGUGACGAAGAGGAUAUAUUCGGAGAAAACAGUCAUAUUUACCCAAUCGCAUUAUCGAUGUAUCUACUAAGAACAGGACAAUGGAAAAUACCCAAAACUGUUAUAGAAAAAAUGUUCAACCAACGAUCAAUCGAGUUUAUUUUUGAAGAGAAAAUCACUGACGAUUUCAAUAAAGGUUUCUGGAAAGUUUUGGAAUUAAAGACCAAAUCGGCAUAUCUUGUUCCAAAAUGGAAAGGGGAAGAAAAAGAUAUCCAUGAGGUUGCUGACGAGGCGGGCGGGAAAACAGAAGAUUCCGACAUUCUUGGUUUGAUGUUUUUCGCACUUCUGAGAAAGGGAUACUAUGAUGGCGCUAAGCAACUUAUAGAAAUAGGCGGCGUCCGAAUUCCCCAUCUCCUGAUUGGAUGUGUUAUUCUACAAGAGACGGCUGAUAAUUGGAAAACGCGUCUACUGCAAAAGGACAAGGCCUUACAGAUGAAAACAAUGUGCACCCAGCAGGCCCUGCGAAUAACGAGUGGUAUUCAUGAGACCGAUACAAAGGGCAACACGAGAACUACAGAUGUGACGAUAUCAGGACAACGCAUUGAUCACGCAGGCAGACUUCUCCUGAAUCACGGUUACUUGUCAGACGCCAUAAAGACAGAAAACAGUGCUUAUCUAAACGACGAAAUCGUCAAAAAAGUCAUCAGUCAGAUGUGGUACAAACAAGAAAGUGUUUCUUUUAAACAAGGUCUCCUGUUCUUCAUCUUGACGCUGUUUCACCCCCUUCUGUUGCCAAUUUUGAUGUUCAACAGAACGAUUGAGCCGCUGAAGUGGCUCUACAAACAAUAUCGGAUUCCUGUCAUGAAAGUUCUUCUGAAUUCGGUUGGUUUGGUCAUGUUUUUGACUGCGUUCACAUACAUGCUACUCUGUGAUUUUUCCGAUGGAAUUGCACGAGUGGAUUGGUUUAUAAUUGCCUGGUUGGCAAGUUAUUUCUUGGAUGAAACAAAACAGGUGAUGACAAUCUGA